AUGGAUCUCUUAUCUUCUUCCGUCGAUAUUGCCUUCCUCCUGCUCGCCCUCUUAGUAGUCUACCGCCAACCUCUCACCAUCCCUCACCCCACUGCCCCAGAGGACGUGACCGUCCCUCCACCUCAUUCACCUCGUUCUCCACAUCCUUCACCGGGGUAUCUGGCCGUCCCAGCUAUAACAGUCUCGCACCCUUGUAACAGGCUGAACGGUAAAUUACCUUUACCUUCUGCUGGAGGAGCUGGAGCCAAAGGAGGUAGUAGACAUAAAAAGAAAACUGUUAGCUUCUCAUCAUCUUCAAUGGACGAUUUAAAAGCUUCCUACAAUGAAACCAAUAGUAAUAAUAGUACUUCAAGUUUGAAAAAGUUUAGACCACCUACACCUUUUUUCAAGUUACAUAAAUCACCAAAUCUUCAGAUGAGUCCGAUAUCACCGGGUGGGAAAUCGACUACACCCCAAAGUCCUUCUAUCAAGAUUGAAGAUACAGAUGCUCAACAAGAGACGGAGAAAGAAAAGGAAAGAGAGAGAGAAAGGGAAUUAGGAUUGAAUAGGGAAUUGGAAGGGGUAGAAUUGGAUCAUGGUAUUUUGAGGGAGGAUACAAUGGGGAUCAAGAAGAAAUGGUUGGUAGCGUAG